GAUUCCCAAAGCUUCCUGAUAAGGUGGCCAUGAGGAUUCGAAAUCAAGAACCUGCCAUGACCUUUGAACCAAGACCCAGCCAUGACCAGCUGUGACAUGCGCAGUGGACCACUUCAAGAGAGACCAUCAAUAAUGCUCAGAGGGGACUCUACCGGCCGAGUGUUGGCAGUUCUGGUGAAGAGAGGAGAAAAAACACCUGUUAGGACGUCCAGUCCACCCGAUCGUCAGGCGCCCCAAGAAAUCAAGACAACCGUGAGAGGCGAAGCGUCUCCAUUGUAGGACAAGACUGUCUACAAGCCCAGGAGAAACCAUGAGGUACCUCCUGUCUGUAGUCUUGGCGUUGCUAGGCGUGGCCCUGGUGACGUCUUAUCGUGCUACUGGAAGAGGACAGCCAAGAGCUGAGUGCCCGGCGAACAGUCACUGGUCCCAGUGUGAUGGCAUGUGUCGCCCUACCUGUGCGGACCCACGUCCAAUGUGCCCCAGGAUCUGUGUUCCAGGAUGUGUCUGUGAUUGGGGCCAUGUGUGGUUUGGCGAGAGAUGCAUCCCUCUACACCAGUGCCGAUAUAUGCCAGGGGGUGGACAAGAAGGGGCACCAGUGAAAGGAAAGGGACGUGCACCAUUACCUGCCAAGUAUUCUUCAUCAGGGACACCUGUGAAAGGAAAGGGACGUGCACCAUUACCUGCCAAGAAAAUGUACUCUUCAUCAGGUGAAGGUUUCUCCUGUGAAGGAAAGCCAAAUGGUGACUAUGCCGACCCAGAAGACUGCACCAUGUAUUACGACUGCAGCAAUGGAAUAGCUUACCAUAUGGAGUGUCCAGACGGCCUUUACUUUAACGAGGAGACUGAUCAGUGUGACAAUCCUGCAAAUGUAGACUGUGGCGCAAGGCGGAGGCAAACGGCACGUAGGCCUACCAAGCGACCGGUACAUGGCAAGAAAACAUCAUCAAGUGAAGGUUUCUCCUGCGAAGGAAAGCCAGACGGUGACUAUGCCGACCCAGAAGACUGCACCAUGUAUUACGACUGCAGCAAUGGAAUAGCUUACCAUAUGGACUGUCCAGACGGCCUUUACUUUAACGAGGAGACUGAUCAGUGUGACAACCCUGCAAAUGUAGACUGUGGCUGUCCUGUGGGCUACGAACAGCACGGCGGCAACUGCUACAAGGCGUAUGAUGAUAAGAAGACGUUUGACGAGGCUGCUGCAGCAUGUCAGGGUGAUGGAGGUAGUCUGGCCAUGCCCCGCGACCAGGCCACUCACGAUUUCCUGAUCAACCUGAAGAACCAAGUUGACAGUAAUGCACAUUUCUACCUCGGCUUUGAUGAUCUGGAUCAGGAGGGAGACUGGCGGUACAUCGACGGGACGCCCCUCGGAACCUUCCAGCCCUGGGGCCCGGGAGAACCAAACAAUUUGUAUGGCGAUGAAAACUGCGGUGAGAUAAUACAACAAAACACAUGGAAUGAUGACUGGUGCUUCGAGGAACAGAAGUUCAUCUGCCAGACAUCCUUGCAAGGUGCAAGGCGGAGGCAAACGCCACGUAGACCCACCAGGCGACCGGUACAUGGCAAGAAAACAUCAUCAAGUGAAGGUUUCUCCUGCGAAGGAAAGCCAGAUGGUGACUAUGCUGACCCAGAAGACUGCACCAUGUAUUACGACUGCAGCAAUGGAAUAGCGUACCAUAUGGAGUGUCCAGACGGCCUUUACUUUAACGAGGAGACUGAUCAGUGUGACAAUCCUGCAAAUGUGGACUGUGGCGCAAGGCGGAGGCAAGCGCCUCGUAGACCCACCAGGCGACCGGUACAUGGCAAAAAAACAUCAUCAAGUGAAGGUUUCUCCUGCGAAGGAAAGCCAAAUGGUGACUAUGCCGACCCAGAAGACUGCACCAUGUAUUACGACUGCAGCAAUGGAAUAGCGUACCAUAUGGAGUGUCCAGACGGCCUUUACUUUAACGAGGAGACUGAUCAGUGUGACAACCCGGCAAAUGUAGACUGUGGCGCAAGGCUGAGGCAAACACCAAGUAGACCCACUAGGCGACCGGUACAUGGCAAGGAAACAUCAUCAAGGACACCUGUGAAAGGAAAGGGACGUGCACCAUUACCAGCCAAGAAAAUGUACUCUUCUUCAGCAUCCUGUCCGCAAGACAACAGCCUGGUACUACCCAGUGGUAAGACCUACCUCGCAGAUGAUGACACCAAGACCCAUAGUGACGCACAACAAGAAUGCAGACAACAAGGCGGCAUCAUUGCAAUACCAAGAAAUGAGGAGGAACAGCAAAGCCUGGUGUUCCUAAAAAACUGCGUCAACAGUGCCCAACAGUUCUGGCUUGGUAUAGUGAACACAGCAGGAGUAUGGAGAGAUGGGAAGGGCAUCCCACUGGGCAGUUAUGCGAGCUGGGCACCUGGGGAGCCAAACGAAAAGAACAAAUACUGUGCACACAUCGUUUACGGUACUAAAGAAGGGGAAAGACGGGACAACUGGGCAGAUGCAUUCUGUGACAGACAGUUUCGCUUCGUCUGUGAAAUAGAAGCUGGUUUCUCCUGUGAAGGAAAGCCAAACGGUGACUAUGCCGACCCAGAAGACUGCACCAUGUAUUACGACUGCAGCAAUGGAAUAGCGUACCAUAUGGAGUGUCCAGACGGCCUUUACUUUAACGAGGAGACUGAUCAGUGUGACAACCCGGCAAAUGUGGACUGUGGGGCACCUGUGAAAGGAAAGGGACGUGCACCAUUACCUGUCAAGAAAAUGUACUCUUCAUCAAACCGCAUACCCAGACGCUGCUUGGAUCCCAAGAAGGUAGGCCCAUGCAAGGCAUUAAUUCCAAGGGUGUUCUUCAACAAAGAGACUGGACAAUGCGAAGACUUCACCUGGGGAGGCUGCCAGUCAAAUGGCAACAACUUUAAAACCAUGGAGGAAUGUGAAAAUACUUGUGCCGUGAAGGGAAAGAAGUAACUGCAGCAACGGAUUCCUCUCCCCCAACGUUGAGCGGAACCACGUCAACGCCAUUCAUCAGCUGUAGGUAUCAUCAGCUCCACAUCCCUUUCAUCAGCAUCUUUAUCUUUAUGGGCAUCGCCAUCAUUUUCAUCAGCAUCUGUAUGUUUAUGGCUAGAACAGCUACAUGUAGUAGAUGUAGAUUUCCAUGGUCAGUUGGACACAGGGCCAUAACAUGAUAGAAAUGUUUCAGUGUCUAGUGCUUGAGCAGCUAAAUUUGAAACUGCAUAGUUGAUGUAGAUUUAAUUUCCAUGGUUUGUUGGUCAAAGGGCCAUAAGAUAAUAGUUGGGCAUGUACUUUUGCUUGAGCAACUUUGAAACUGCAAAUUCUUUAUGGACAGUCUAGUAGCCUGGGUACCAUCCUGGUCACUUUACUUGGGCAGAGUAGUAACCUGGGUACCAUCCUAACCCUUUUGGGCUCCCAUACUACCCCCUCACCAUUGGGGUAUUAAAGCCAGGAAAACUGUUUACAAGAAAUGCUACCCAGGUUCUUAUACUAAUAACUAAAACAUGAAUAGAUUUUAUGCCCUUUUGUGCCAGGUAGGCAUUCGUUUGCUUUUUCUAUAAUACUUUCAGGUUAUGGUUUUAAAAGUAAAGACUAGUAAGCUACAUUUCCUUGAAUCUUUCUUUCAAAUUGUCUGCAGUAUUGAUUCUAGCAUUCCUCCAUUGCCUUUUUGGUGUAUAGAGAUGGAUUUCCAACCCCUUAUGUGGUAAAUUUUGAUAAUUAUUUUUAAAUGACCCACUGGAGAUCCUAGGGGUGUUUUCAGGUAACCCUUUACCCUUUGUAGAUUUGAACCAUGUCUUUUAUGAAAUAGUCUUUUAACAUCUGUAUAUUGUUUAGCAUUGGUAUGUCAUCUCCAAUGCCUUUAUUGAAAUUGUGCUAUCACAAAAAAUUGAUAAGCAUAUUGUCUGAAGAACAAGUUAGGACCUUGUGAUGAGAAAAUUGUUUAACAUCUGCAUAUUGUUUAUUAUUGGUCAUGUCCAAUGACAUAGAAAUUGUACCAUCACAAUUUUUUUUUCUUUAAGGUGUGCAUUAGCUAUUAGGAAACGAUAAGCAUAUAGCCAGGAACAAGUUAGGACCUUGUGAUGAGAAAACAAUUGUUAAACAUCUACACAUUGUUUAGCAUUGGUAUGUCACCUCCAAUGCAUUUAUUGACAUUGUACUAUCACAAAGAUUUUAAAACUUGCUUUUUUAUGGUGUGCAUUAGGAAACAAUAAGUAAGGAACAAGAUUAGACCUUGUGAUGAGAGAAUUGACAGUGAAUGUUUAACAUCUGCAUAUUGUUUGGCAUUGGUUUGUCAUCUCCAAUGGCAUAGAACUGUACCAUCACAAUGAUUAAGUUUUUUUUUCAUUUUUCUUUAACUGCAUUAGCUGCUAGGAAACGAUAAGCAAAUAGUCAGGAACAAGUUAGGACCUUGUGAUGAGAAAACAAUUGUUUAAACAUCUACAUAUUGUUUAGCAUUGGUAAGUCACCUCCAAUGCAUUUUAUAGAAAUCACAAAGAUGAAAGUUGCUUUUUUUCAAGUUGUGCAUUUGCUAUUAGGAAACGAUAAGCACAUAUAUGGUAAGGACCAAGUUAGGACCUUGUGAUGAGAGAAUCGACAGUGAAUGUUCAACAUCUUGUAUUGUCUAGCAUUGGUAUGUCAUCUCCAAAUGCAGAGAAAUUGUACCAUCACAAAGAUUAAGUUUUCAACUUUUUUAAUGCUUAUGCUCGCUAUUAUACGGAGUGUAUUAUCAUAUAUAUAGGUAAUGGAUAGCUCUGUGAUUUGUGUAUGUAUAACAUCUGUUGUCUCAAAAGGCAAGACAAAAUACGUGAAUUUGUGUCUUUCGGAAGAUUGGUUUAUCACAGACUGUCUUUAGUUUUUUUUCUUCUUCAUAUUAUUCAAUUUUGUUAGCAACGAUAGGGUACUGCAGACAAGAGAAGUAAAAUGUGAUGGGGUGAACGUGUUAAACACCGGCUUGUUGUCAGUUGUAUGAUCUACAGAAUGCCACAGUUCCAAAGGCAAAGAAUGUUCUGAUUCCACCGGAAUGGUUCUCAUCACUACAACUCUUUGAGUAUGUACUAAGAAUUUUUUUCUAAUACUGUAUGCGGCUUUUUUUAGAACAAGUAUUCACCUGGCGAUCAGUAUUUUUAGUACCGAGGGGUCACCUGAAUCAAGCAUAACACGAACAAUUCUGUUAAGGUGUUUUGGAACCAUCUUAAGUGUGUUGUACAGCAGAAUUUAAAACAUGAACUGUGUAAGGCAACUUCAGAAGCAAACAUCUUUUUUCAUAAAAUUCUACCUGAGUGUACUAACCUGCAUAUGCAGGUGUUAUUUCAACAUCAAAACCUGUUCACAGUUAAGUUUGAGAGAAGACUUGUUCUCUACAAUUUUGCUGAGCAAAGCAACUGUUACACCUUUCAUCCCCCACCAAAUUGUCACCCUGAGAUGUCAAAUGCAGAUCGCCAUGAUUUAAGCAACAAUAUCAUUAUGAGUGCUCUUAUAUUAAGUAGUAUGUAGGUAAACUAGAAUGAAGCUGUAACAUCAACAUGUAUGUAAUCAUAGAAUCCUCCUGGAUCAUCUGAAGGAGGAAGACAAUUAACUACGUUUAACUUCUGUGAAAAAUGUUUCCAUUGACAGUUUUUUCAUCACAUCUGUCAGUUUUCUACAAUAACCAUCUGUUCCAUUCUUAAAAUAUAUUGUGAAUUACAGCAAAACAAUGCUCCUUUGUAAGAUGCCAGGUGCAUCAUGUCAUCAAUGUAUUUUCAGAUGUGUAUUGUCUUUUGAACAUCCCAGAAUAAAGUACAACAUGUGGCUUCAA